AGUUCAUUGACUUGUAGCUCUAAAGACAAAUCGUCGUGACCUAUCUUGUGUUCAACAUGCUUCACUUCGCUGUGUUGACUUUAAUUCUGGUUGUUUCAACUGGUUUAGCAUUAACUCUUGCGGACUGUCCUCCUCCUUCGGUCCAGAAUGCCAACUUCACUCCAGUCCAGUCAUCAUACACUGAUGGUGCAAACGUUACAUUCACCUGUAACACUGGUUAUGGACUUCAAGGUAGUCGGAUACAUUUUUGCAGGGGAAGCAGUUGGGAAGGAUCCCUCACAUGCUAUGAACAGUUUUGUGAGACAAGGAAAAAUCCUAGAAAUGGUAUAAUCGUUGGAAACCCAUCCUACAAAAUUGGCACUUACAUCACAUUUCAAUGUAAUACAGGCUACACAUUGAAAGGAAAUAGUCAGUUGCUGUGUCGUGUUGAUUUGAAGUUUGAUAGGAACCCACCAACAUGUGAUGUCAAUAUGUGUCCAGAUCUUGGGGUUAUAGAUCAUGCACGCAUUUUCCAAGCCACAGAUGGAGGAAUAGAAAAUGAUUAUGGAAGCGUAGUUAAAGUAACCUGUGACGACUCAUAUGUGCUGGAUGGUCAUGCGUCCGUGGUUUGCCAGGGAGACGGAACUUGGAGCCCAAAACCGACCUGCAAACCAUUAGAUUGUGGUAGGUUCGAUGGGAUGAAUUCAAGCUGCGUGAAAGACUUUGUACUGCUUAGUACUCUGUAUUACAUGGAAUGUAAGAGUGAUGUCCCAAAUACAAGAAUUGGAGCGCCGGACAGCACCAGUGCACCUAAUGAAUGCGAGGAAAGAUCUCGGAAAUGGAUGUAUUCACAGUUUGGAUGCUUUUGCCAUUGUAAAGUUAUGUACAAUAAAUACAUUGUGAAAACAGAAAACCUUGAUACAAAUGAUUAUCUGCUACACGACACUGAUUUGAAGUGGAGUUGCAAGGAGGGUUGCACGAAAAACCAAACUAAUGCUCUGAGAUGCAUGGACGGACAGAUGGAAAUGCCAUCUUGCACCUGCGAUGCUAACGUACAUACUGGUGAGUACUUACUGGUGAACCUUACACGACUGUCAUUACUACUAAACCAAGCGGCCCUAACGAUCAAACGGGUGAAGCUUACACUGACACCUGCCAGCCAGCCAAACAGCCAAUCAGCAAAGAUAGCAGGCCAGUCAAGCCAGCAAAGCGAGCCAGCCAGUCAAGACAGCCAAGUAAGCCAGCCAGUCAAGCUAGCCAAGCGAGCCAGCCAGUCAAGCCACCCAAAUGAGCCAGUCAAGCAAGCCAAGUCAAUCAAGCCAGUCAAGCCAGCCAAGCGAGUCAGCCAGUCAAGUCCGCCAAGUGAGCCAGUCAAGCUAGCCAAGCAAGCAAGCCAGUCAAGCCAGCCAAGCGAGCCAGCCAGUCAAGCCAACCAAGUGAGCCAGCCAGUCAAGCCAGCCAAGCGAGCUAACCAAGCGAGCCAGCCAGUCAAGCCAGCCAGUCAAGCCAGCCAGUCAAGCCAGCCAAGCGAGCCAGCCAGUCAAGCCAGCCAGUCAGUCAAGCCAGCCAAGCGAGCCAGUCAAUCGAGCCAGCCAAGCGAACAAGCCUGUCAAACCAAUCAAGCCAGCCAAGCGAGCAAGCCAGUCAAGCCAGCCAACCGAUUCAGCACUGUUCACGACACCAUAGCAUACACGGGAAACGAGUCGGGGAUGCCAAACCUCGACCCGACGUCACCGAGCACACCCGUGACACCAACAGAGGGUAUUUCAGAGUUUGUAACCUCACUAUUUACGUCGGAAACUAACGAUAACGUUGACUUUACCAAUAGCGCAACAAACACAUCGUCUGAUUUGAACAAUAUAACCAGCGACCCUACAAGUAAAUAG